AAUCAGUUCCCUCCACCCUCUUCAUCUCACCCAAUUCAAACAGCACCCAUCAUAACAUCUUUCAUCUCAUCAUCAUUCAACCUUGAGAUGGGCAACAAAAAUUCUUCUUCUUCUUUUUCUUCUUCUUCUCCUUCAAAAUGCUCAGGUAAGCUGUGUGUGCGGCUUUGGAGAGGAUCGAAAUCUCAUCCUCGCCGCCAAACCUCCAUAGAAAUACCAGUGGAGUUUUGUGACGACGACGACAACCAUACCGAAGAGAAGAAGAAAGGCGUUUUCGCUGCUUUGGAUCACCAUAAGCCGAACUUUGGAGUUCAUGAUAUGAAUCCAGCUAAUCAAGGAAAGCAGCAGCCGGUGACCUUGGCUCCACUCGCCGCAGCUGAAGCUGGCGGCGGAGGUGGUGGUGGGGGUAAAGACAGUAAUGGUAUCAUGGCGAAGACGACGGCGAGGACGGAUAGCCUUUACGAGAGGAGUACUAAGUUUCUGCAGGAGAAAAGGCAACAGUUUAUGGCAACAAACUGACAUAUUUACUUAUGAUUAAGUACAUGCAUGGUGUGAUUGGUGUCGUUUGAUGCAUUGGAUUAAGGUUAUUAAAUUACUAAUAUGCUGAAAAGGAUGUUUAAUUUGUGUAAGUAGCUUGUAGUUAUUUGGAAUAAAUCAAGUUGGGUGUUUUCAAUUAGUGAUGUAUUUGGUGUUGGUAUUAAUUAAGUUUGAUGUAUGCAAAUGUAAUCAUAUGAUAUUUACAAUUUAUAAUAAUAUACUUUCUAAUAAGAAUAUGCUACCUCCCUUUCAUUA